AUUAGGGCGGAUUCGACCAAACCUGUCUUUAUACAGGAAUAACUAUACUAGGAACAAUUUAUUCCACGAUUUUAUUCUCGAAUAAAUCAACAGUCGUUUUUCCAUGCAAUCUAACGUAUAGCAAUACUUGGAUUUGUUACGCGCGAAUAGUGGAGUGAAUGUAAACAUGAUGUGAACGAAUGUAACACCCGGCAAAAGAACGUUGUCCAAAAAACGGGAGAGCGCAGAAGCAUAGUCAUGUCGACUCUAAUUUGUCGUAUUACAGCAUGAAAAAGUAACUGUCAAUGUCAAUAGUGUUAAUGUCAAAGCAGUUUGAAAACAAACAAAAUAGUUCUGUUUUGCUUGUCGGUUCGCUUUGGUUUAUGUAUUAUAGUAUUUUCGAGGUUUGCAAGUGUAUUUGAGUCUAUAACAUAUAAAAUGAGUGAAGUUAUGCGUAAACGUAGUCCCAAUUGGCUGCCGUCUGAAAAAGAACUUUUAUUAAGCCUAGUAGAAUUACACAUAAAAAUAAUCGAAAAUAAAAAAACGGAUGGUGUUACUGUGAAAUCCAAACUGGCUCAAUGGCAAAUCAUUUCUGACCAGUACAACAGCCGUACAACCCACUGUUCUCGGUCAGGCGAAAAUUUGAAAGCUCAAUGGGAGAGCAUGAAAAAGGUGGCAAGAAAGGAUGCAGCCAUAAACAGGAAGCAUUUGAUUCAAACAGGUGGUGGAUCAUCAAUGCCGCCUAAAAAGGAGGAUCAUUUUCAGCAGCGGAUCAUAUCCUUAAUAUCUACCAGUGCCAUUGGGUUAUUUAACCCUUAUGAUAAUGACUCCAGUGUUCCGGCGGUGCAAGAACAAGGGGGUAUGGUUGAGAUGACAAUGGAACAUUCCCCGGAAGCAACAGCAGAGAUAGAAUUUAUAGAUACUGUGAUGCCUCCAGCAUUUGAUAUAAAAGGCCACACAAGUGACACAGACGUUGUAUUAGAAAAUGACAAAUUAGUUUCAAAGGACUGGGGAGAUUACACACCUCAGAUGUUGAGGACUCCUGUAUCGCAGCCCCUGAAGAAUUCAGUCCCUACAGAGAAACCAACACCUCAUCGGACAUGGGUUUCUAGGAGAAGACCAACCCACACAAGCACAUCACUACAAUCUUCAUUACAACAACUACAUAUGAAAAAAAUUGAAGCUUUAGAUAUCCAGACAAAGCUUGCCAUGGAAGAGAUGGAAAGAUCAAAGGUUCGCCAUGAAAUAGAUAUGCAAAUAAAAAAGGAAAUAUUAAAACAAGAAAAAAUUAAAACUAACAUUUUAUUGAUGAAGCGAAGAAAAAUAGUGGCUAUUAAAAAUAUAAAAUAAGUUUUAAUUAAUUUAAUAAUGGUGCUAAUUUUUAAUAUUUCCUUUUUUACUUGAAUACCUAUGUCAUCAACCCUUUUCAUUUCUUCUACAUGAAUAUGUCACCACAAUGUACCUGAGUACCAUAAUUGUAAAGUAUUAAUAAAUUCUAAAAACCAUA